AUGGCGUACACACAGGAGAGACUGGCGCAGGCCUGCCAGCUUUUCCCACGAACGGCGAGCAAAAUCGUCUUCGAGGAUGUAUCCCGCCCCGUCUACAACCUGAGAAAGCGAGAUAAGCAUGUUCUCUCUUCGUGGAUCGAUGAUGACGACAAGGACGAGGAUUCUACUCCUCGGGGUCGCCUGCUUCUCCCAAAGCGCAAGCCAGCGAGAAGUCGCAGCCGACCUGUUAAACGAGCGAGAAGCCUGCCACCCACCUCCAUGGUCACACUUCGAUUGGGCUCUAACUCUGGCAAGGCGCUACUGUCAUCGAUUGUAAGCUCUCAGCACGACGUGCAGCCUAACACAUGGGAAGAAUACCAGACCGUCAACGUCCUUGAAGACACCCACCUUACUGCCUCACGCUAUGCUCUCAGAGUUCAUAAGAGAACUACCACGAGCGUGGGUGAUGAGCUCGACGACGAUGAUGACGUGACGGCGGAAGUCCUCAUGCCAGCUGCGAACGACUUGGGGAACUUUGGAGCUGAGGCCCCCGCUGGAAAACCAUGUGUUCCAUGCCAAGAUCUGGACGUGGAUUGCUCCCUGAUCAAGAAGCCGCUGUUAUACCCUUGCAACAGCUGCAAGGUCGACGGUUUGGAGUGCGAAUUGACAACCGCGCCUCGCUGGAAGCGAGAUUGCGAGAAGUGCAAGAGUCACCAUGGUGGCCCCAAAUGCUCGUACAUCUUUGCCGACUAUGAUCAUAGUCUGCCGUGCACUUAUUGUAACGAGCGAGGAUUCAAGUGCAUUGCUGGACCAGCUGUCAGGCCUCCUGUCCGUCUCAUGGCCGACGUUGACAACGACUACUGCAAAGAUGCCCAGCUAGCGAAGUAUGAUGCCAGUUACCCCGUUGACGAUGGAGACCAGAGCAGUGUCUCAUCAGAAAUCCAUGGCGUGGAGAAUACUGAAGACGAUCCUACGACCACGUUGGCGGGGGGCACAAUCCAGAGGGACAACAUCUCCAUGCCCUUUGGGCCUGAGCCCACCGAAUACGACCCAGACAUCUUGAAUCCUGAAACCACGGUAAAUGUUGGCGAGGCAUCGAAUGCUUCCGGCUUCCUCUCUGCUGAGGCAACCGAUUAUGAUUUGGAUCUUCUUGAUCCUCCGCCAAACAUAGGAAUUGACGAGGGCAACAACACUCCCUUCUCUAUGGUAUCCAUUGAGCAUCUCUCGAACGCCUUCACCGACAGGGAAGUUACGCGCCAGUAUCGGGUAACAACAUACUUUGCCCACCCCAUGGAAUUCUUGUACGAGGCUCCCGAUGAUGGGACUCGCCCUUGCCACUGGUGCAACAACUAUGCGUACGGGCUCAAGGGACUUGGCAAGCGAUGCGUUGAAAUCGCGGACUUUGGCGGUGGCCAGUGGAUUGAACUGGGAGAUGGCCACCAGCUGGAUGGAAAUGAACCCAGCCGCAUGUGUGUUGAGUGCGUCUUUGCCCGAAUCCGGAUCCUUCAGUGCCUUAAGCACAAGGGCAGAAAACUUCCUCUGGAGAUUGUCAACAGCUCGGUCGACAAGCACGCAGCGCUUGAUGCCCUCCUCCGGGCAGAGAGGCACCUCGUCACCGCGGACACCAUGGUUGCCGGACCAUCGGUCCCCGGGCCCGAGCAGCCGUGGUGCUCGCUGUGCCUCGAGCCGGCCACCCACUGCUGCGGCGCUCAUCAGGACGACCCCACGCCAUCCUCGAUCGGAGUCGGAUGUGGGCUGACGCUCUGCGCAAAGUGUCUUGAUCGGUACAUGUACCAUGGCACCAUCGAAGCCGUCGUGGAGCAGAAUCGCACCAUCCCCUUCGCCAACACCGAGACACGCGCCGAUGUGGAACUGAUCUUGAAGCGGCCUGACAACCUCAUUUGGCUCACUGUCACGACGUCUUCCACAAAGCGCCGAAAAGUUUCCCCAGAGCCUCGCAGCAGCCCAGGAGAGGCCCGACGUCACGGCCACUCUGAGCCUCCCUCCUCCGCCUUGCCCCCAGACCGUCGCUCUUCAUCUACUUCCAACUCCCGGAGCAAGAGCUCAUCGCUCUCGCCGCCCCGUUACGUGCCGGCUCAUCUCCAGUUCCCCGUCCCUGGUACUCGCCCCCAGUCCGGUGGCCGCUCGCCGACCCCCGCGACCGCAUACGCUGGCCUCUCCCUAUCGAGCGAUUACUCCGUGAUGCCGUCCGACCACCGUGACGGCACUCCUCCGACAAAUGGCGACCGUCGGUCGCCCUCGCCGGGUGUCAAACGACCUGCCUCCGAGAUUGCGGAUUCGGACCCCGAGGGCGGCGUCAGCACAUCUAUCGGGGGUGGUGACGCGCACGAUUCAGGCAACCUGACCGGUCCGGAAGACGACAACAUCUAUCCCACUCCGUCCAGCAGCGCGCCCAACUCCAGCCAAGAGCACUCCAAGUCCGCGACCCAAUCGCACGAUGUUCCUUCGAUCGAUGACCAGCUGGCCCAAGUGACUAGCCUGGUGAUGCAGCCUCUGGAAGAUGGGCAGAAAGGCUAUGUGAUCUCCAUGACAUGGAUGAAGAAGGUAUUCGCGCGGAGCUCGACACAAGCCGACAGAGCAGACAAGGAAUCUCUCGAAAGCGAGCUGGGACCGGUGGACAACUCGGACAUCGUUCUGGAUACCGACCCGGAGACCAGUGGUUUCAGAGACGAGGCGAACGAGCCUUAUGUACCGUUACGGCCUGGUCUCCAGAUCAGCGAGGAUUUUGAGCUUGUGCCGCAGGCAGGUUGGGACUUGAUCAUGAAGUGGUAUGGGCUCGCGGACCAGUCGCCCGUCAUCGUUCGCUACGCACACAACACCAACCCAGCUGGCGACAUGGAGAAUAUCAUUUAUGAACUGCACCCGCCUAUUUUCACCUUUUUCAAGCUGUUGAAUCCGUCCGCCGGCAUCCGCCAGAUGUCCUUCCAGAAGUGGUUGACGGUGGCGAAGCAGCUGGCUGGAAUUGACAUGAACACCAAGGUUCGAGUGUGGAAGAUUCUUGGUGGCCUGCAAAGCACCAACCCAUCCGCAUCAGCCACCCCUGCAGUUUCCCGCGCUGCGUCGCCAGCACCGGCAGCAGGCCUGAUUCCUGGCCACAAGACUCUCAUCGUCGAUCUGAACGCUUUUCUGGCUUUGUCUGAAGGCAGUCAGCGGGUGCUACUUGAAGGCGUCAAAGAUCAGACUGCCAACCCCAACUACAAUGGUCGAAUGAGUUUGGACGUCGCUGGUCUUGCGGGCACCGACACUGUUGUCCUCGAAGAGCAGGUUGGCGGACCGAAAGGCGGAGAAUGGGUGUCGGAGGCCUCGGCGCAGACGCUCAAGCGCUUGGGCAUUCCCGCGGUCCAUUCCAAGAAGGAGAUAUCCACCCAGUUUGCCAACAAAAGCCCGACUCCUAGCGGCCGAUCCACACCGGCUCCCGAGAACAGAGGUCGACGUGGUCGAGAUAUGGGUUUGACCGGCUUCGAGAACCUGGGCAACACAUGCUAUCAAAAUGCGGCGACUCAAUGUGUCCGAGCCGUUGAGGAAUUGACCUACUAUUUUCUCAGCGAAUCUCACAAAAAGGACCUGAACCCGGACAACCCGCUUGCCUACAACGGUGCAAUCGCCAAAUCGUAUGCUGGUCUGCUGCGUGAUGUCUACCGUGAACCUGUGCCAUCCAAUGUCAGCCCCGGGUAUUUUCGUCGCACAAUUGGAAAAUACAACCCGGCAAUGUCUGGCUUCGAGCAGCACGAUAGUCAGGAGUUUCUUAUGUUCCUUCUGGACGGUCUUUCUGAGGAUUUGAACCGAAUCAAAAAGAAGCCGUAUAUUGAAAAGCCUGAUUCGACGGACGAGAUGGUUCACGACCGCGAAGCACUGGAGAAGUUCGCAACCAAGUCCUGGGAUAUCUACAAGGCCCGCAAUGACUCUGUCAUCACUGAUCUUUUUGCUGGAAUGUACAAAUCGACUCUUGUUUGCCCGGAGUGCGACAAGGUCAGCAUCAUCUUUGAUCCAUUCAGCAGCCUUACCUUGCCUAUCCCGAUGGAGGAGCCUUUCGCGCGGGAGAUCAUCUACGUUGGCUUUGGGCGCAAGCCGCUGAGGGUUACCGCGGAGGUUGAUCGAACGGCCAGCUUGAGAAUGUGGAAAGAGGCGGUUGCCAAGAAGAUGGACAGUGAUGCCGAUCGAAUCGUCGUGUCCGAGGUUUACCACAGCACGUUCUUCAAGCAUUUUGACAGUGACCACCAACCCAUUCAAGAGAUGCGCCUCUCGGCUCACGAUGUCAUUGUCUUUUACGAGGUCGAAGCAACUCCCACCUCGGCGACGAAAGAGGGGAUCUUGCGCGGAUCCACGAAGUUCAACUCGCCCGAAGCUGAUAGCACUCUCGUCCCCGUCUUCAACCGACGGAGGAUCAAAAACAAAAACGAGACCGAGUACGACGUCUUUGGAAACCCGUCUUUCAUCGUUGUCAAUCGCGAAGAAGCUCAGGAUUUCGGUGCCAUCUUCCACAAGCUUCUGAACGUUGCUGCAAGCAUGACGACCCGCGAUAUUCUCAGCGAGAGCCAGAAUGGGCUCGUCCGGUCGGCCCAAAGCUCCGAGGACUCGGACACUGUUCUGAUGGAUGAAGAUGAUGCGGAGUCCGCCGACUCCACAAUCAAAACUUCCUCCGUCGAAGACGAGGACAGCAUUGUUGACAUUUCGAUGCAUGAUGCUCCACAGUCCUCGCCCACACCCACUCAGGACAGAGAUGCGGAUGAGCCAUCUCCGGCUCACCCGUUGGCUGGCACAAUCGCCCCAGCGCUGCUCAGCCUCUUCGACGCCAAGGUCAUGAAGACUAGGGAAAUUCUUCCCAAGGGCCGGUCGAUUGAUCAGUCUAAGGACUAUCCCCUGAUCUCCAGUCUGAUCAAGCCUGCGUCCGCCCCGAAGAAAGAUUUGGAUGGGGUGUCUGAAAGCCCGGAAGAAGACAAGAGCGAUGCAAGCAGCGAGACCGACGGCUCUGAUAUUGAUGUUGAAUCCAACACCAACGGUGCCGAUGAUGACUCGGAACAUCGUGAAUGGCCUCUCAUCCGCCCGGGUGAUGCCAUCUUGCUUGACUGGAAUGACGACGCCUAUGAUGCGCUAUUUUGUGGCAAUCAACGGGAUGAUAGCGAGCUCCGAGGCGCAGGUACAUGGCAGAAUAUUGAAGUCUUCUAUGACCGCGAGCUUAUCCAGCGUCGUGCGCAGCGGGAAGAGCGCAAGGCCCGGGGCAUCACUCUUGACGAGUGCUUGGAUGAAUUCAGCAAGGAAGAGAUUCUGUCCCAAAGCGAUGCUUGGUAUUGCCCCCGUUGCAAGGAGCACCGCCAAGCUCGCAAGAAGUUCGAGUUAUGGAAGGCCCCCGAUAUCAUGGUAAUUCAUCUCAAGCGCUUCGGCGCCCCGGUCCGUGGCAUGCGCAUGAAGCUUGACACCCUUGUCAAAUUUCCCUUGGAAAACCUGGAUAUGACCGGCCGCGUGCAAGGCCCUGACGACGGCAACGGCUUGGUCUAUGACUUGAUCGGCGUGGACAAUCACUCUGGCACUAUGGCCGGCGGGCACUACACUGCGUAUGCAAAGAACUUUGUCGAGGACAAGUGGUGCAGUUUCAAUGACUCCCACGCCACCGUUAUGACAAACCCACAGCAAGCUGUUGGUUCUCGGGCGUAUCUACUAUUCUACCGGCGUCGGUCCAACCGUCCUCUUGGUGGCCCUAAACUCCAAAAGAUCGUUGACAACUAUAAGCGUGGUUCCGAGGAAGGCGAGCACGACACUGACUCGCGUGGCCAGUCACCUUCGGGGGAAGGUCAGUGCCUCGGCGGCUCCUCCCGCAAUGGGUCGUCGAGCGCCUUGAUCGGAGCCGGAGCAGCUCACCAAGCGGGAGAUGGUGGUUUGCGAACCGGUCCUCUGGCGACGAAGGAGGGUGAGGAUGAUUCGCCUCCCCGGUACGGAGCACACGACGAUGACGACCUCGCAGACAGCGAGUCCGAAAGUGGACAAACCGGCCGACUGGAAGGUAUGCAAUUCACUGGCAAUGAUUUCGAGCUCGACGAGGAGAGAUGCUACCCGCUGAACAUCAACGAGGACCCCUCCUGGUCCUUCAAGCGAGUGCCCGAAGCUCACGACCUCGAACAGAUGACAGCCCAUCCUCCGGGAUCUUUCUCUAACGGCAUCCGCGAUGAUGACGAUCUUUUUGACGACAAUGAUAGCACUGUGGCCGUGGGCGACGGCGACUUGGAUGAUCUUGAUGCCCGUCUGCUCGAUCUGAAAGACUCCCCUCCAGCUGGGCGCCCACAGGGUUUCAAGUCCGGUCCAGGUUCCGAGACCGAUCCCUCUUUCGAAGAUAUUCCGCCCUUGAUGGAGGACAAUUCUGAUGAUGAUCUGCCCGUUGUCGAGCUGCGUGUGGGUGAUGAUGACAAGAUGGUCUCCGACUAA